AUGGAGAAAUCAAAAUUAGGAUUAAUAGCUGGAGGAGCAGCCUUAGCAUUAGGAGGCUUGUUUGCAUAUUUUUAUAUUAAAUAAGAACAACCAGUAACUUAUAAAGUUCCAAGAUAGGUUAUUAUCAAUGUAUGUAAAGAGCUAAAGAAGUAGAUGUUCAACAUUUCUUUACAGAUCAUAGAAACAAGAGUUAGAUUGCUUAAAUAGCUUGAUUUAGGUGCCUCUUUACCACCAAAUUUAUCAUUCGAUGAUUAUAUAGCUGAAAUUGCAAGAGCUUAUGUAGAAAACAUCAAGAAACUUUUGUGUGCAAAAUUUGAAAUUAGCUUAGAAGACUUUAAUCAUGCUGUAGAAAUUGACUUUGUUAACGAUUCUUAAUUGUAUUAAAUUAGUACUGAGAUAGAAGAGAUAUUUUCAAAUUCAUGUCAAGGAAUUCCUCCAAAUAUGGAUGUUGAUCAAAGUGUAUUGAAUAAAUUUUCUAAAGAAAAGAUUUAUAAUAUCCAUACUAAGUUCUUUAAGAUAGUAGCUAAAAAAUAUAUAAAGGCAUUUUAGGAAUUGAAAGAAGAAGGAGAAGUAGAGAUGAAAUUAGAAAACCCAAAAUUCUUUAAAAAGAAUAGGGAAUUAUAGAUACCUGAAACUAAAAGAGAGCUUCUGAUAAAUGAAGGAUUGGAUUAAUGUCCAGGCUCUCCUAGAGAAACAUUUGAUAAAAUUACUAUAUAAUACAGGAGAGAAGAUCCUGAAUUUGCUUAGAAGGUUUAAGAAGUAGAAAAAACAUUUUAAUAACUUAUUGACGAUUUAUCAGUAUAACCUUUUAAAUACAAUGAUCAAUCUCCUGAUAUACUUUUUAAAGAAUAUUGA